GGAGUGUGAAAUGACGCAAUCACCUAACUUAUAUUGAAAUUUGUUUUUAACCUGUAUAUGUGUACCAACCGAAAAACAUCCCUAAUUCUUAUUCUUUCUCCCUUCGACGGUCGAGCAUUCCUCCUCGUCAAUCGUCAUUCACCCUACCCACCAUCGUUCAGCACCAUCUUCGACGGCACCCACCAAGCUGCUCCUAUGGCGCUUAGCUACAUAUCCGACGCCAACUACUCCACCGGUUCCCAGCUACUCCUCGACAGCGGCAGGCUUCGGUGGGUGAGAACGAGAUUCUCCGUGCUCCGCCAAUUGCCAUCCAAACCCUUUCUCGGCUGCAAUCCCAAAUCCACUAUUUUAACCCUAAUUAUUGUGAGAACCCCAAAAUUCUUAUUCUUUUGAAACCCAAUGGAGGAGCAAUGAGGUUUGAGGGGGCUGAGUCAGAAAGAGCGCAGACGGAAGGAGAUUCGAAACGACAGGAAGAUGGAUUCUUCGGGGCCUUGCGGUUUCGCCAUAGGGAGGGAGCCUCUUGAAAGUCGGAUACGUUUUCAUGACUACAGGGAAGGGAUAAUAAGAGCAAGGC